UAAAGUCAUCAAUCAUCAUCAACAAUUUUAGCGCCAAAAAUACACCAACAAAAACUGGAUUGUUGUUUGCCACAUCAGCUGCUUAUUGACAAAUAUAAACAAUAUAUAAUUAACAACAAUUAACAACAAGAUUUUUUAGGAUCAUUAAAUUAUCAUCAAAAAAAAAUAUUAACAAUGGCAAGUGACAGUGAUGAUGAUUGUGAUAUUCUUGGUGAUUUAUUAGCCAAUGAUGAUGAUUUUAAACCAGAACCAUCAACAAGUCAACCACCAAGAAAUUUAAAAGAACUUGAUUAUAAUUUUUUAGAUAAUUUCGAUGAUAAAAAUGAUAAAAAAAAUAAUGAAAAAAGUUUACUUGACACUCAUGGUAUUGAUUCAUCAGAUGAUGAAGACAAUAAAUAUUUUAAUGAACAAAAAUACUCUGAAUCAGGUAAAAGCAUAAAUGAUUUAUUAAAAAAUAAAAAUCCAGAUAAGCUAGAUGACUCAUUUAGAGAUAAAAAAUUCAGUAAUUCAAGUACUCCUGUUAAUAAAAAUUACAUGGAUAAUUUUGAAGAACCAAAAAAACAACCAGUAUGUGAUAAUAAUAAAGUAAAAAAAGCAGGACCACUUGUUGAUUGGCUAGAUAAACCAUCAGAUGUUUACUGUGAUCCAUGUUUUGGUUUACGAAUAAUAAAGCCAUUAAUAUCAUCAACUGAAUUAAAAAAUCGUAUGAAAGAUAGAACAGCAGUAACAGUAUCAAAAAUAAAACAAUUUAUUGUUAAUAAAAAUACAGAAAAUGAUUGGGUUAUUGCUGGUGUAUUGAUACAACAAUCAGCAUCUAAAAAAUCACAAAAUGGUAAACAAUAUUGUAUAUGGAGUAUAAGUGAUUUAUCAGAAAAUAUAAAUACAGUAUCAGUAUUUUUAUUUAGUAGUGCAUAUAAAACAUUUUGGAAAACACAAACAGGCACUGUUAUUGGUAUUUUAAAUCCAAAUAUAUUAGAAUCACGUAGUGAUAAAGAUCAAGCAACAUUAUCAAUUGAUAAUCCACAAAAAAUUAUGAUACUUGGUAAUUCUCGAGACAUGGGUAUUUGUAAAUCAACUAAAAAAAAUGGUGAUAAAUGUACAAAUAUUAUUAAUAAAAAUAAAUGUGAAUAUUGUAUAUAUCAUGUUAAACAAGAAUACAAUAAAGCAUCAAGAAGAUCCGAGUUACAAACAGAUAAAAGUAAUCGUAAAUUUGGUAAUACAUUUGGUAAUGGUUUAGCAAAAAAUAGUAAUAGUAAUUUUAAUGGAAGUGGAGGUAUGUAUAAUCAACAACAUAAUCAUCAAAAUAUACUAGCAAUACCAGCUAAAAAAAAUAUUAAAAUGGAAAAUAAAGAUAAUGAAAGAUUGGCAAUGUUAACUGGUUCUAAAUCAUUACAAGAUAAACCAGUUGUUAAAAAUUUUGUUGAUAAAAAAACAAGUAAUAUUGAUCAAAUAAAUCAGACUAAAAAAGAUACAGAUAGAUUAAGUAAAAUACGUGAUUGGACACUUGAUUCAUCAGUGAAAAAAAAGGCAAUUGUAAGCUCGCUAUCACCUUUACCAUCAACAUCAUCAAUUAAACCAAAAAAAUUAACAAUAAAUAAUACUGGACCAAUGCUUGGUGCUGGUGCAACUGGUAAUGUCAUUGAUUUUUCAUCUCCAAUAACUAAAAAACAUAUAACAAGUGCAAAACUAAAUGCAAUUAAAUGGGCUAAAGAAAAAGGUGGUAUUAAAGAAUCAAAUCCAAAUAAAAUAUGUCAAAGUCGUGAAAAAAUAAUUGAAACGUCAAUGAAAAAAAGAAAUAGAGAAAAUGAUGAUACAGAUGAUAAUGAAAAUAUUAAAAAAAAUAAACUAGAUACAAAAACAGAUAGAUUUAAAGAAAUAAUGAAUGCAAAAUCAUCACACAGUGAUUUAAUUGAAAUGUCUCAUAAUGAUGAAAAAGAAAAAUAUUUUAAUAAACUUGAAACUAAAGAAAAAAUGGAAGAAAAAAUGAUGACAACAUUUAAAAUUGAUACAAAAGCUGUUAAAUGUCUUGUAUGUAAAUACACAUCAUUUUCAGCAUCUGAUUUAUGUAAAGAAAAAAGACAUCCACUUAGAGUUAUUGAUGCUGUUAAAAGUUUUUUUAAAUGUGGUGAUUGUGGUAAUAGAACAGUUAGUCUUGAUAGGCUACCAUCAACAAGUUGUAAAAAAUGUUCAGGUUCAAAUUGGCGAAGAACUGGAAUGAUGGAUGAAAAAAGAAAUAAUAUUAUUAGUACACCACUUUCAAUACGUGGUGGAGAAGAAAAAUUCAUUGGUUCAACAACACAUGAUGCUAAUAUUAAUCUACUUGUUCCUGAUACUGAUAAAUGAUUUUU